UUAUGGAAAUUGUUAAUCCUUGGGAUGGCCGUCUCGCGAUCUGAGACGGCGAACGUUGUGUUGUUGGCCAGAUAUAUAUCGAGGAGAGGCGCAGCAGAUGUUGGGCGUUACUCGAAAGCGGCGACAGUGUUUCCUGAGCUAAACGCGAUGGCGGACAGAGGUGAGAAGCUGCGGUCCUCGACGGAGUCGCGACGCUCCUUGGAGAACGCGAGAAAAGAUUUGAUCGGGAUCCUCGGUGAACUGGAAAAAAUCGGUCUGACAACACGAGCCAACUUACAUCUCCGGGCUUACACUCGCCUCCGGAAGGCAAAGUUUUGUUUUAAAAAAAAGCAUGCUUUCUUCGCGGCUGUUUUAACAAUGCUGUUUAUUCGAUACGCUAAGGAUGAUUUGAUGCCUACGCGACGUGAGAAGUGCAUCAUCGAUAUGCCGUCCUCGGUUCACCAAGUAUUCAGACCGCCGCAGGAUUGCUCGAUGUGUUUGGGGAUUCAACAGGUUGAUAAAGUGACUAAAAUCGAUCCGGCGCUCUUCGAACUUCGAUACGCUUAUUCCGGCCAACCGGUUGUCGUCACUGAUGCAACGACUAACUGGACAGCGCCCAAGGUGUUUUCAUUCGCCUUCUUCAAGUCGCUGUACGAAGGACAGGAAGCAGACUGUCAGUUUUUUCCGUACAAAACCGAGUUCAAAAGUCUUCGAGAAGUGUUCAACAUGAGCACCAGUCGGGCCCUUCAAUUGGCUGGAACAAAGCCGUGGUACAUCGGAUGGAGUAACUGCGACGGGGAGAUCGGAGCGACGUUGAGGGAACAUUACGAUAUUCCUUACUUUUUACCGGAUACUGCAGAGACUGAAAAAACUGAUUGGAUCUUUAUGGGGAGUUCCGGAUAUGGGGCUCACAUGCACGUCGACGACGUCAAACAUCCUUCUUGGCAGGCUCAACUCAAAGGUGAAAAACUCUGGAUACUCGAACCACCGAGGGAGUGUCACUACACCUGUAACCGAAUGACGGUCACCGUUGAACCCGGGGAAAUAAUUGUUCUGGACACCAAUCGAUGGUACCAUCAGACCAGGAUCGUGUCCGAAGAAGUGAGCAUCACGAUUGGCGCCGAGUACGAUUGAACGUCCUGUUAUAUUCGAUUAUCAAUAAUACAAUAUUGAUGUAUCUUCAAAUUUACUGAGUUCUACUACUACCGCAUAUAUAAUUAAACUGCAAUGUGUGUACAACGCUCUCCUUGCGCUAUCAGACACUCGUAUGCAUGUGCAUAUAUGCGCGCGUUCGCUCGUGCGUGUGCGUGUGUGUGUGUAUGUACUCAGCUGCGAUGCUAAACGCAUGAUCUCUGAUACAUGAUACUCAAGUAUGUGAUAAACGCGCUACCGUUGACAAGCCUUGCUCCUCUAAUUACCAGCUGUAUCCUUAUAUUUAUCAUGUGUGUCAAACAAUGUGUUAUAUCCUCGCGAAUUUAUUUGCAAACUUA